CCGAACCCCAAGUGUUCGCCGAAAGCCAUGUUUGUCUCGAAGACUAUUAAAUUGAGCGCUGAUUGCGACCAAAGACUGCAAUACAGCGACCCCUGGAAUGCUCUCUCGAGGGACGCGUUCGGCGCUUACGACCCCUCCUUCGACCGCACCACUACUGUCGCCCUCUUUAACAUGAAGAUGACUCAAUUGGAUCAACUCAUUGUCCAACAGAGGAGAGCGCGCGCCCUUCUCAAGGACCAGUUGGCGGCCAUUGAAUGCAAAUAUAACGCCAUUUGCGGCGAAUUGGAGGCCGAGCGCCGCCUCAGGGCCGCCGACGCCAAAUGUUCGGCCGCACAGACGGCCGACGAUGAUGACAGUGAUGUGAAGAGUGUUUCGCGGACUCUGGAGGAGGAGAGGAGUCGCGAGAAGCAGAUUGUGUUGUGUUUGUUAUCCGAAAGAAAACAAUUGAUUGUAAAACUGAUAGAAGAGCGACAACGAAAUGAAGAGCUCUUAUCGGUAUUAUCGGCAGAGAAGGCCCGCAUCGCAGAUAUGGUCGAAGGCCUGGAAGACGAGUCGAAACGUUCACUGCAAAUGGAGGCCGAGCUCGAGAAGUACUUGACUGACUUCGAGGGCGAGCGCCAGAAGUUUAGGAACCAAUUGUCAGCGUCGGAGACGCGGAACGCCGAGUUGGCC